AUAGACAUGUCCAUCCAGCAAUCGAAUGAAGUGGUUGUGAUUGACAAUGUUCCAUUGUCGACGUUAAGCACCAAAGAAACGACGACAAAGAAGAGAAGGGUGGAGGAGAGUAAGGAAAUGCAAGUGAAGAAGAAAGCAAAGUUCGAGCAGAGACCGAGCGAUUGUGCGAAGUCAAUUGGUAAACCGAUUAAGUUUACUGGUAAGGGACAAAACAAGAAAUGUCAUUACGAGACAUUCGAGUUUCAUGGCAAACAAUAUAGACUGAAAGACUUUGUGCUAUUGUAUCCAGAAGACAAUAAACAAAAGGAAUACAUUGCGAUCAUCAAGGAUAUUUAUUCACAAGAAAAAGAUGGACUUGUGAAGAUGGAGGUGCAGUGGUUUUACCGUAGAGAAGAUAUCGAAGAAAAACAUUUUGGGAAGUGGAAAACCGAAAACCCAAGGGAAAUUUUCUUCAGUUUUCAUUGUGAUGAAGUGUUUGCUGAAUCUGUCAAGUACAAGUGUCUUGUAUAUUUCGUGCCAGAUGAUAAGCAAAUCCCAAACCGUAUUCAUCAUUCCGGCUUCAUCGUGCAAAUGGUUUAUGAUAAUGUUCGCAAAAAGGUGAGGAAGUUCUCUCAUGAAGGCUUUGAAGAGGAGCAAAAGUUUGAGAUUGAUAUGCUUGUGGCAAAGACGGUUUCGAGAAUUGGAAAUCUCGUUGACGUUGAGAAAGUUCAAACGACUACGAUUCCGAGGCGUAAAAGAAUUGUUAGGAAGUGUGAGAGAAUGAGUUCUAACCCGAUCUCGGAGAAGUUAGAGUCGUUACCAUCCAGUGCUUUGGAUCGUGACAAGACAUUGUUGGAGCUUUUAGAAGUAGUACUUAAGAACAUGUGUUGUGAAAGUACGGGGACCAGUCGAAAGGAUGUUGUUCAGAUGGUACUUGCUCUUGAGGAGGCUUUAUAUGAUUCUUUCGCGGAUGAUGUACCAAAGUAUAAUUACAAGUUGGAGCUUCUGGUUGAGAGACUCAAGAAUUCAAGAGUGCUAGCUACAAGACUUCUCAAUGGCGAAUUAAAACCUGAACAAGCUAUAAAGAUGGCCGACUUCGAAGAACCAAAAUUGGUGGAAGAUGUUGCAUCCACCUCCGAAAAUGUUGGGCACAAAGAUUGUCUCGAUUAA